AUCUGUCUCCCUAAACUCUUCUGUUUUUUCAUACCCUUCCUUAUUUUGUCUCCUUACAUUUUUUUAUCAAAUCAAGAUUUUUGUACGUGUCAGAGAUAUCUCUCUUACCAACAAGAGCUUUAUCAGCUCUUUGUUGUCGUGUUCUUGUUUAUGAUGCCUAGUGCCAAGCCUGAUCCAUCUGAUACGGAGUCAGAACACUUUGUGGAAGUCGAUCCCACAGGACGCUAUGGCCGUUACAGCGAACUGCUAGGCACAGGUGCAGUGAAAAAGGUUUAUCGGGCAUUUGAUCAAGAAGAAGGAAUAGAAGUAGCAUGGAAUCAAGUGAGAUUAAGAAACUUCACCAAUGAUCCUACCAUAAUUGAUAGGCUUUAUGCAGAGGUCCGGUUGUUAAGAAGCUUAAAGAACAAGAACAUUAUUUCUUUCUACAAUGUGUGGCAUGAUGAAGAACAUAAUACCUUGAAUUUCAUUACUGAAGUUUGUACUUCUGGAAAUCUGAGGGAGUACAGGAAGAAACAUAGGCAUGUUUCGAUGAAGGCUCUAAAAAAAUGGUCGAAACAGAUCUUGAAAGGCUUGAAUUAUUUGCAUACUCAUGAGCCUUGUAUCAUUCAUAGAGAUCUCAAUUGCAGCAACUUGCUUGUUAAUGGAAACAUCGGCCAGGUCAAGAUUGGUGAUCUUGGUUUGGCUGCAAUAGUAGGGAAGAGUCAUUCAGCACAUUCAAUUCUUGGAACACCAGAAUUCAUGGCACCAGAGUUGUAUGAGGAGGAUUAUACAGAAAUAGUGGACAUUUAUUCAUUUGGUAUGUGUGUGUUAGAGAUGGUGACUUUGGAAAUUCCCUAUAGUGAGUGUGACAAUGUUGCAAGAAUAUACAAAAAAGUUUCCUCAGGAAUUAGGCCUCUUGCCUUGAACAAGGUUAAAGAUCCUGAAGUUAAGGCAUUCAUCGAGAAAUGCCUUGCUCAGCCAAGGGUCAGACCCUCUGCUGCAGAUCUCCUCAAAGAUCCAUUCUUUGAUGGAAUUGAUGAUGACGAAAAUGAUGACAUUGUUUGUUCAUAAUACUAUAUUGAUGAUUGUUAUUUUUGCUAAUUAUACUAGUCAUAUAUGGUGUCUUUUAUUUUUGGGUAUGUGGCUCAAUGAGCCCAUUGUUAAUGUUCUUGUAACUUUAUUUUAUUGUUCCCUUUUGUUGUUGAUGAUUGGAGGCACAUGGGAAGAAUGGUUUGUGCUUUCAUGUGUCGCAUCUUUUCUCUCUUUUUAAAAAGAGAAAAUGAUGAGGAUGAAAUUUGUGGGAGGAAUAUGAGGAAGCCAUUAUUCAGGAAUGGUUUUUCUUGUUUGUAAACAAAGUUUAAAGCAUGUAAACUAGUGGAAUCAAGAGAUACAUCUGUGGAUAUUUUAUUGAUGAAUGCAAGUAAAUCUCUUUUAUUUUCUUUGAAGGGA